AUGGCGGCGGUGGCUGUGGCGGGCGUUCGCGCCUUGUCCCUGGCGGCGCUGAGGGGAGGCGGCGCCGUCGCUAAUUGCUGCUGCCGGCGGUGGCGACGGCGGGGUGCCUGGCCGGCAACGGGGCGGGCCCUGAGCUCGGGCGUUCCCCCUCAGGUGGUGGGGGCAGGGCUGACGGAGUCCGUCCUGAGGGACGCCGUCAAGCAGACGCAGGCAGCAGAAGGUGGAGAUGGGAAAAGCUCCGGCUCUGAUGAGCAGCAAGAGAAGAAGCAGAAGGAAAAUACUGCCUAUGCAAAGAAGGUGGUGCUCAGGAUAGCAGGGCUGAUGGGUGCUGGCAGCGGAGUGGCCAUUAUCUAUAUCUUUGGUAGUAAUUCAGUGGAUGAACAUGGUGUUAAGAUUCCUGACGAAUUUGACAAUGACCCAGUGGUGAUACAACAGCUCCGAAGGGCGUACAAAUACUUCAAAGAUUACAGGCAGAUGAUCAUAGAGCCCACCAGUCCAAAGCUGCUCCCGGACCCCCUGAAAGAGCCCUACUAUCAGCCCCCUUACACCCUGGUGAUUGAACUCACCGACGUUCUCCUUCACCCUGAAUGGUCGCUAGUGACCGGCUGGCGCUUCAAGAAGAGGCCGGGCAUCGACAACCUGUUCCAGCAGUUGGCACCGCUCUAUGAAAUCGUCAUCUUUACAUCCGAGACGGGCAUGACUGCUUUUCCCCUCAUUGACAGCGUAGACCCUCACGGAUUCAUCUCCUACCGGCUUUUCCGCGAUGCCACCCGUUACAUGGACGGGCACCAUGUUAAGGACAUCUCCUGCUUGAACAGAGACCCUGCCAAGGUGGUGGUGGUGGACUGUAAGAAGGAGGCUUUCCACCUGCAGCCCUUCAACGGCAUGGCGCUGAAGAAGUGGGACGGGAACUCCGAUGACCGGACGCUCUUUGACCUCGCUGCCUUUCUAAAGACCAUUGCCUUGAGUGGGGUAGACGAUGUCCGGUCGGUGCUGGAGAAUUACUCUAUGGAAGAGGACCCGCUGGAGGCGUUUAAGCGCAGGCAAUCCCAGCUGGAGCAGGAGGAGCAACAGCGUCUCUCGGACCUCUCACAGCACAAGAAGCAGCAGCUUUUCCUGGGCUCGCUGGCCAGCCGGCUGUGGCCCCGCUCCAAGCAGCAGUGAUGUGGAC